AUGCUCCUGAACGUCACCGUGCCUCUGUCGGUGGACUUCGACCGUCCAGAGGAUUUUCUCAUCUUCAUUUUCCACAUUGUGUUCGCCACCAGCGCCGCGCUCGUGGCUGGCUCGGUGGUCGUGGGGAUUUUGUGCACACGAUCCCUGCGAAUCCAAAACCGUUUCGUGUUCAUGCUGAACACGAGCAUCAGUGACGUUCUGACCGGCGUGUCCGUUUUCUACGUCGGCAUCUUCGAUGUGGACGAGGGCUACCCCUCCAGGAACAGCACGUUUUACAUCGUGCCUUCUUUCUUGGGCAUCAACGUGCUCACGUUCCUUUUUGCCCAGAUUGACCGUUACCUCGCCGUGUGCCAUCCGUUUUUUUACAACCGCUGCGUCACGCGGUCCUUCGUCAUCGGCGUGUGCGCGUUCAGCUGGGUUUACACCUACACCAUGCUGGCGGUGCUCAACUUGGUGCCGCUUUCAAAGGCGAUGCAGAUACGCGCGUUUGGCGUGUUGGUUCUGCAGCUGAUAGUUGUCACCAAAGUGCUGAUGACGAUUAAAUUAUACGUCAUAGUCAGAAAGCAGCUGGUCAGAGAGCCGCCCGGCGCAGACGCAGACAGCAAGCGGGAGUCGCUGCGCAUCGUCAUCUUUGUGGUCAUCAUCUUUCUGGUUCUGUGGUGUCCUUCCUUUUUCAACAUCAUCGUCAGGCAGUUGACCGGGAGGGGGCUCAAGUUUAGGAACGAGGCCACGAAUUUGUUCGCGAUCUUGGCGCGCAUGAACGCGCUGGUCACUCCCGCGGUGUACCUGUGGGGCAGCCCGGCGCUGCGGGGCGCAGUGUGGAGGUGGAAGAGGGGCUGCGGCCCCACGCACAGAGUCAGGUAG